GGACAAUAAAAUAACAAAGGAAAAUAAAAUACCAUUCGGUUUAUGCAAUUCGGUUGCGAGCGACACUACAAGGUUGGAUUGCUUAGCAGAAGUAGAAAGAAGGUAGCAUAUAGCCCUAUUUGCUAGUGCUUACUUCCUUUACUGUGUCAUCUGUAAGGCCAGGUCAAGUGUACAAUAUCAACACAUCAAAGAUGCUGAACUCAUCUUCGUUUUCCUGCCUGUCGCAGCAGCAUCUCAUGUCGUUCAUGGAUAGUAGCGCGAUUUCCGACCUAGUCGUAAAAGAUGAUAUGGGUUCGCCAAGAAGCUCUACAGUAUUGGCCUCGACUAUAGAUUCUAGGUGCCGAACAGAAUUAGAAGAUCUUGAUCUCAGCCAACCAGAUAUAGGUAGUGGAGAAGAGAGUUCAUCACCAAGGAGUGUAUUUGGUGUCGAUGUCACCAGCGAUAGGAAUGGUAGCAUCAGCAGUACGGAUAGCGCAAACACAAUGGCUUUCUCCAAGAUACUAUCAACAUCGUCAUCUUCCGUAGACUCGAUGAUGGGAUCGCCCACUUCAGAAAUUUUUAUCUAUCAGUCUUCAGCCAUGGAAAUCGAUAUGGGUUCUCAGCAGCCUCUACAUCACACACACCAACCGUGGCUGAGUCUGGACUCGGACUUCACAGAGCUUCUACAUUCAUCUUUCGAUGAGUGCGAGGUUCGCUUCGAUAUUCCUACGCCGCCUUCACACCAGGAUAUGUUGAGUUUGUCCGCAUCUGGUUACCACGAUCUAUUGUCUGCUGAUACUGCAACGGAAUCGAUGAAGAUGGCAAUCACUGGAUGCGAAACAGCGCAGCUGUUCAAUCCGUCGGCCAUUUUACCGACACCCGCGCCUUCAACACCCGCGUCACCCCUGCUAAGCCGCUCGGCGACGCGGAAUAGCGUAUUGUUGUACGAGGAAGGUAUCGCGCCUUUUAAAUUAUUUGAUCUAACCGAAUGCGGAACGGCGUUGCCUGAUAUGAAGUCAUCUCAUUUUGAGGAGCUCGGUAAUGGUCAUGGUGGUGUUGAUCUCGUGGCGCAUGGCUCGAGUUUGUUUUCCGAGCGUGCGCUCGAAGACGGCAAGCCCUCAACCGAUUUCAAUAAACCUGCAACCGUCACGAAACGGGUGCGUAGCAACGAUAAUACACCACCACCGUCAGGUACCUCAUCACCGACACCUGCAAAACGAGUGAAAACAGAACCACUCAGUACAGGUUCACUGGAAGGUUCAUGUCUACCAUCGUGUGUGGCACCAACAGAAUUAUCAGCGCCCAAACUUGUGAGGAAAACUUCAAAAGUAUCUUCAGCUGCUGGAAAAAGUACACCCACGACUGCUGGCUCGGCUGCCGUAUUGCCCAAUGCCUUGCGCACUGCCUUUAAAGGAACUGGAAGCACAACUACGACCAGCACGUCCCUAACCGAAGAAAUUGGCGGCGUGGUAGUUCACAAAGUGCGUGUGACGAGCACUUCUAGCACAGGCGAAGUUGAUAUUUCGGACAUUUCUGUUCCGUCCAACUUAAACGAAGCGGAAGCCAAACGUCACGUGCACAACGUUUUGGAGAGAAAAAGGCGCGAGGACCUUCGUCAAUCUUUUGAUACUCUACGAGAAGCGGUCCCGGAUCUAGUGACGAACGAUAAGUCCCCCAAAGUCUUGAUCUUGAACGGAGCCGCUAAUUAUAUCCGCGCAUUGACUGCGAGGAACAAAGAGCUAUGCGAAUCGAAAGAGAGAUUGACGAUGGAGAGGCAAGCCAUGCUCACCCGAUUGGAAACAUUAAUCGCACUGCAAAGUGUUGUACGGUAUUCUUCCUUGCCUAACUCAUACAUAGGGCUCGCGCAUCCGGUGGCGCAAAAUCUUCAACACCAAUUACCGAUCUGAAAUUGAGUCAAAUCGAUUUGUUUACGUGCAGCUUGGAAAUGACUCGAGUAGUAUCCGAUGUAUCACUAAUUGUAGCGAAUGUGAUAGGAGAAGUGCAGUCUCACGUGCUUGAGGUGAGUUCACACGGCACAGCAGGAUUGGAUAGAUUCAGCAUAAUAACAGCUUACAACGUGUGUUUAGUUCGCUCGCAUGCUGACGUCUGCAUUGCUGCAGCUGCGACAACCACCGGCAGAGCUGUAUAGGCGGAGGGUUGAUAGAUUCCUGUGUGUUUGAGUGCUCGUUUGAAAGUGCUUCAUCGUUGUAGAGAUUUCUUAAAAUCACAGGUCGCAACAAGUGCAACACUCACUAGGAUAUCGCCUGAUCUAGUCAUAUAAUGAGAAUAUGUCCAAAGCACACUAGUCGAAUAUGACACAUCUGACUCAGGAGACUCACGGAUGGAGUGUAUUAUUUAUAGAACACAGCUCUCGCAUGAAGCAGGUUCUCCUACAGCGAAUACAGCGCAUGGUACGAUUCUAAUAGGAAGCGAGGCACCGUUAAGUAAGGUUACUAUGUCAAGUAUCGGAAAAGUUAGAAAGCUAUCACGAAUAAAUCUAGAGUUGCAACUCCUUGUUUGCAGACUUUUGUAAUU